GUCCGCUGUCGUGACGUCAUUUCCGGGUUGCAGUCGGGUCCGCAUCUGUGUCUGUCCGUCUCCGGGGCAACGGGCGGGUGAUCCGGUUUAGGAGCUGUUGCUGUGGACGGAGAGACGGGAACGUUAGCGGCCAUUGAGGGUGGCCAGGGUGCUGGUGAGCCACCUCCCCCCCCCCCCCCCCCCCCCCCCCCCCCCCCCCCUCCCCAUCUGCUCGGUGUCCGGGCUGAGCUUCAAUGGAGGACAACAUGACGAGGCAGGAGAAGCGGUAUGAGUGCGACGUGUGUGGCAAGGCCUGGCAGUCCCCGAGCCAUCUAGAGAUCCACCGGCGGGUGCACACGGGGGAACGCCCCUUUGACUGCUCCGACUGCGGCAAGCGCUUUACCAAGUUUUCGGGGCUGCAGGUGCACGGGCGGGUGCACACGGGAGAACGCCCCUUUGAAUGCUCCGACUGUGGAAAGAGCUUCAAGUCGGCGCAGGGAUUGAAGAUACACUGGCGGGUGCACACGGGCGAGAAGCCCUAUGGUUGCUCCACCUGCGGCGAGAGCUUUGCCCGGUUGUCGGGGCUGCAGGGGCACCAGCACGUGCACACGGGCGAGAAGCCCUAUGGUUGCUCCACCUGCAGCAAGACCUUUACCAGGUUAUCGGUGCUGCAGGUGCACCAGCGGGUGCACACGGGAGAACGCCCCUUUGAAUGCUGCGACUGCGGCAAAAGCUUCAAGACGGCUCAGGAACUGAAGAUACACCGGCGGGUGCACACCGGUGAGAAGCCCUAUGGUUGCUCCACCUGCGGGAAGAGCUUUGCCCAUUUGUUGGGUCUGCAGGAGCACCGGUGGAUACACAUGGGCGAUAAGCCCUAUGGCUGCUCCACCUGUGGCAAGAGCUUUGCCCGGUUGUCGGGGCUGCGGGAGCACCGGCGGGUGCACAGCAGCGAGCGGCCCUUCUCCUGCUCCGACUGCGGCAAAGGCUUUAAGUCGUGCACGCACCUGAAGUUGCACAGGCGCCUGCACACCGGGGAGCGGCCCUACACCUGCAGUGACUGCGGCAAGGGCUUCACCUGCUCCAGCAACCUGGUGUCCCACCAGCACACCCACACCGGGGAGCGCCCCUUCAUCUGCAGCGACUGCGGAAAGGGCUUCACCUGCUCUACCAACCUGCUGUCCCACCAGUUGGUGCACGACAGCGACCGUCCCUUCCCCAGCCCGGUGGGUGGAGUGCGAUUUUCCAUGGCCUCCCAUGCCUUGUCUCACCAGCGCGUGCACACCAGUGGCCAGCCCUAUGACUGCCCGUACUGCGGUGAGUCGUUUGACAUCUCGCGAGGGUUGCGGCAGCAUCGGCGGGCUCACGCCGGCGAGCAGCUGCUCCCACUGCGGCAAGAGUUUCAAAAGAGCACGGGGGCUGCGGGAGAACCAGCGGAUACACACCAGAGAGAGACCCUUUGAGUGCACUGAAUGUGGCGAGGGUUUCACCCGCAUGUCCAGCCUGUGGCAGCACCAGUGUGCCCACAGCGGUGAGCGUCCCUUCUCCUGCCCGUCCUGUGGUAACGGUUUCACCCGCCUUGACAACAUGCUGGAGCUCCGGAGAGUCCACACCGGUCAGCGCCCCUUCAACUGCCCGCUCUGUGGCAAGGCCUUUACCCGCUCCUCCAGCCUGCUGGCACACCGCGACGUGAAUAGGCACUGUUUAGGUAGACACAAAAUUCUGGAAGGAAUGGGUGAUGGUUUCAGGUCGAGACCCUCUUCAGUCUUGACCCUAAACAUCACCAAUUCCUUCUCUCACGAGAUGCUGCCUGUCCCGCUGAGUUACUGCAGCAUUCUGUGUCCUUUUUUGAAAACCAGCAUCUGCAGUUGCUUGUUUUUAGACCAUUCUGGUUAACCAUCUCUGCACCUUCCCCAAAGCCUCCACAUCAGUCCUGUAAUGGAGUGACCAUAACUGUACGCAAUACUCCAAAUGGUCCCUGACCAAUGUCUCUUAAAUUCCUCUCUCUUUAUCUCACGUGCUUUUAUCUUUUUAUUUUCUCUCGCCUGUCACUACACUCACCUGCCAAUCACCCCCUCAUCUGUUAACAUCGUGUCAGUCUGAAGAAGGGUCCCGACCCUAUCCAUGUUCUCCACAGAUGUUGCCUGACCCGCUGAGUUACUCCAGCACUGUGUGAAACGUCACCCAUCCAUGUUCUCCACAGAUGUUGCGUAACCGCUAAGUUACUGCAGCACUUCGUGUUCGAGUCAUACAUUGCGGAUACAGGCCCUUCCGCCCAACUAGCCCACAACUACCAACAUGUCCCAGCUACAGUAAUUCCACCUGCCUGCGUUUGCUCCAUUUUCCUCCAGACUUUUACUAUCCAUGCACCUGUCUAACUGUGUCUUAAACGUUGAGGCAGUCCCAGCCUCGACUACCUCCUCUGGCAGCUCGUUCCAUACACCCACCACCCUUUGUGUAAAAAGUUACAUGUCAGAUUCCUAUUAAAUCUUUUCCCCUUCACCUUGAACCCAUGUCCUCUGGUCCUCGAUUCCCCCACUGUGGGCGACAGAUUCUGUGCAUUUAACUAAAUUGUGUUCUAUGCAAGACUCCAGUAUCUGCAGUUUCUUGUGUCUCCUUCACGUACAGUGGCUUGCAAAAGUUUUCAUAGCCCUUGAACGUUACCACAUUUUGUCACGUUACAGCCACAAACGUAAAUGUAUUUUAUCGGGAUGUUAUGUGAUAGCCAACACAAAGUGGCGCAUAAUUGUGAAGUGGAAGGAAAAUGAUACAUGGUUUUCAAAUUUUUUACAAAUAAAAUAACUGAAAAGUGUGGCGUGCAAAAGUAUUCAGCCCCCCUUUGUAGAACCACCUUUCGCUGCAAUUACAGCUGCAAGUCUUUUGGGGUGUCUCUACCAACUUUGCACAUCUAGAGUCUGAAAUAUUUGCCCAUUCUUCUUUGCAAAAUAGCUCAAACUCAGUCAGAUUGGAUGGAGAGCGUCUCCAAUAUUACUGAUCUAGCAGCCCAUAUCAAGAAGGAGAUAGCUGAGAUCCAAGGUGAUGGGGAAAGUCUGGUUGGUGAUCAUGACCAGGGGAUGUGGAGUUGGUUUAAUGGAUGGGGCUCCUUUUGGGGGUCUUGUGUGGCAUUAUGGGAUUAUUAUUGUGAUAAUUAUAAUCGUUGCUGUAUUGCUUUACUGCCUGGCACCAUGUAUUCACCAAUGGCUGUCGUCUUGCUGCAUUAUUUGAUAGAUUGAUUUAUACAAUCAAAAGGGGGGAAUGUGAGAGUUAGUGCAGUUACUCCAUCUUAUUUAGCUUAUGUAGUUAUAUUUGCUAUUAACUUCCAUUUUGUGUACAGCAUGCUGGUAACGGGUUAAAAUGUUGGUCAAUUCAGAAUGCUGCAAAAGCCUGUGAAUACUGAGCACAAAGCUUGCAGUUAAAUGACCUUCACUUUCUCAAUGAGAAUAGAGAUAAGGGAUGUUCCCGGGCGUCUAGAACUCCUACACUGUUACCAGCAAGCUGUAAGAAGAACAAUAGACCUGUUCUUACCUUUGCAGCUGUACUAUUUCCCAAACUAAUAGAUAUACUUUGUUUCUUUCCCAAUGUAAGUGAGGGGACCCAUUGUGUUUAACUGAAGCCUCUUUGUUAUUAACCAUGUGCUUAUGGCUGUUGUAUUAGUAUAAAGAUGUGUGUAAUCCUCUGUAUCGCCAGUCAGAACAGCGCCAGCCUUUGGCGUGGACGCUUUGUGCACAUCUCUGGUUGUAUUUUCUAUUUCACCUUGGUGACCCAGUAAAGGCUAUUUGCAAAGA